AUGAAUAAAGACAGCGAGGCACACUACACCAGUGUUGGAAGUAUCCAAUUCUCCAAAUCUGCUGAAGCAAUCCCUUGUGAUUCCAAAGGCUUGAAAACACCUGAAAAGGAAGAGUCGCAAAGCCGAAGCUGGAUUCUCUCAGGAGUCAUUGCAGGGCUCCUUUUUGGGUUUGGCAAUCUCUGAGUGGUAAGAAUCUCUCAUUUUGGAUUCUAUGUCAGAGAACUGACUCUUUUUGGGGGAUUUAACCUCGCUCUUGCCAUAUUCAUCAUCAGAACUAUCCAACAGAGAAGGGAGAGAAGUGCAUAUAGGAUCAAGGAUGAAGAUUCUGGGAAUUAUUAUUUUUCCCAACAAGAGUCUCCCUUCUGGGAUCCUGAUACAGAAAAAUUCAGAUGGGCUGCAGUAUUAGCAAUUUUAAUGGACUCUGUUACCAAGAUAUCUGGAGGAUUAACAGCUAUAUUGUCUUUCAAAUAUGCUCUCUAUGCUGAGAUCAAUCAAGGAGCUAUCACAACUGUAUUCUCCAUUAGUAGUAUCUUUGUAGCGAUGAUUUCUUUCUUCAUCUUCGGAGAGAAAUUAACUAAAUUUCAUUUAAUCGGGAUGUUUCUUCUCAUUGGCUGAGCAUUACUAAUAGUCUUUUCCAAAACCUCAGGAUCCAAUGAAAAGAUGGAAAUAUAUGGAGAAGAAGUAGAUAAAGUAUCAACAGUAUUACCAGUGUUCUUCGCUCUUCUCACAACCCUCAUAUAUAGCUUGAGGACCAUCUGAAUCAAGCUUUAUGUCAAAAAGUUAAAAUUCCAUACAAUUGAUUAUAUGACUUAUUCAUAUCUGUUCACAGGAGCUCUCUUCAUGCCUUUUUGCCUGAAGCACACCAUUGAAAUGGGAAUUAUUCCAGAAGUAGUGAUCCUCGGAAUAGUUUGAGGCGUGCUCAAUGGCCUCGCUUCGAUAUUCUUAUUCCAUGCCACUUCCACAGGAGUUGCAGGGCCAGCUUAUGCGUUGAGAAACAUCGAACCCAUCAUUCAGGCAAUAUUUGGCAGUAUUUUCUUCGGAUCUUACCUGAAUUCCUUCCAAAUUGUUGCAAUAGGGGUAGGAAUUAUGGGGUCCCUUGUGAUCACAAUGAAGAACAAAAAGUAA